AUGAUAUCAUCUGUUGCAAAUUGGAUCAGUUGUAGUACCAAUGCAAUGGAUCGUUGGAUAUUCGGAGAGGGUGAAGAUGAAUCAACUUCAUCAAGUAGUAACGAAUCAUAUGAUGAAAAUGAUGAAUCAACAUCUUCAUCAUCAUCUAGCGACAGUGAAGAUGGAAAGAGGAAUUCAAUUUUAGAAGUAUCAUCAAAUAGUAAUGAGGAUGGUUUAGUUUAUUCCUGGGGUUAUAAUUAUUUUGGUCAAUGUGGUAAUGGAGGCAAUCAAACUAUUAUAGUACCAUCACCUGUUCAAUUUUCAAUAGAUAUUAAAAUUUCAAUUAAAACUAUAGCAUGUGGUGAUAGUCAUACUUUAGCCAUAGCCGAAAAUCCAUAUGGGCUAUAUAGUUGGGGCUGUAAUAGAUGGGGUCAACUAGGUUUAGGUGAUCAAAUUAAUAGAAAUCAACCAACAAGAAUUAAUCAUAGUGAUCGUGCAACAUUUGUAGCUAUAGCAUGUGGUAGUCAACAUAGUAUGAUAGUAUCAAAUUUUGGUGAGCUCUAUACAUUUGGAUGUGGUACAACAGGUCGUUUAGGUUUAGGUGAUGAGUCACCACGUUUCAAACCAACAGUAGUAUCAUCAUUAGUUGGGAAGCAAAUUGUAUCAUGUGGAGCAGGUGUUAUGCAUAGUUCAUGUGUCGAUUCAACAGGUAAAAUUUAUUCAUUUGGAUGGAAUCGUUAUGGUCAAUUGGGUACAGGUAGCGUUAAAAGUCACACAUUACCAGCUAAAAUGAAAGAAACUCAAAUCACAUCAAAAAUGCAUUUCGUUAAAGUAGUAUGUGGUAAGAAUCAUACAUUAGCAUUGUCAAAUAAUGGUGAAAUGGUUAGUUUUGGUUUUAAUGCAUGUGGUCAACUUGGUGUAGGAAGUCAUUUAGAUCAAAUUAACCCAACAAAAAUAGAGUUCUCUGAAAAGGUUUUGGAUAUUGCCACUGGUUACUAUCAUAGUUUGUGUGUCACCGAUAAUGGAGAAGCAUAUUCAUGGGGUUAUAUGAGCGAUGGUGGUUUGGGUCUUAGCGAAGUCUACACUCAUCAAACCAAACCAAAAUUAAUACCAUUGGUUCAUAUAAGACAUACAUUUUCAGACUCUAACGAUGCAUUCGAUGAAAUCUAUGGCAAAGGUGAUGAAAAUACUACAGAAGAAACAAUAGAGAAUCAUAAAAAAUACAUUCAAGACAAAUACUCUACCGGUGAUUUUGUCGAAAAAGUUGGUGCAGGUGCUUGGAACUCUGCUAUUAUUACAUCGUCGGGUAAACUCUACACUUUUGGUUAUGGUGACACUUUUAGAACUGGCAAUCACGAAGAAAAUGAUCAAGAUAUUCCAAUUAUCAUCGAACAAGACAAAUGGGGUUUAGAAAGAAAUUUUAAUAUAAAAGAAGAUUUAGAUAUAGAUUUAAAUGAAAUUAUUGAACUCGAAAAAGAAAAAAGAUUAUUAAAACAAAAGAAAAAACAAUUAAAAUUAGAAAAGCAACAAUUAAAAGAAAAUCAAGAUAAAAAUGUAAUAAUAGAAAAUGUAGAAAAAGAUUUAAGUUCAUUAAAUAUAAAUAAUAGCAAUAAUAUAAAUACUAAUAAUAAUAAUAAUAAUAAUGAUAAUAAUAACAAUCAUAGUGAUAAUAGUAAUAAUAGCUCACCAAAUAUAAUAACAAAUAAAAUCAAUAUAAAUAAUAUAAAGGUAUAUUCAAAAGUUACAAAUAUAGCUUUUGGAGGGGCUCAUUCUAUAGCAGUUGUUAGAAAUUCAUUAAAAAAAUAA